AUGGCGGGAGUGACUGUGGCGGGAGUGACUGUGGCGGGCGUGACUGUGGCGGGCGUGACUGUGGCGGGCGGAACUGUGGCGGGCGGAACUGUGGCGGGCGUGACUGUGGCGGGCGUGACUGUGGCGGGCGUGACUGUGGCGGGCGGAACUGUGGCGGGCGGAACUGUGGCGGGCGUGACUGUGACGGGAGUGACUGUGGCGGGCGUGACUAUGGCGGGAGUGACUGUGGCGGGAGUGACGGUGGCGGGCGUGACUGUGGCGGGCGUGACUGUGGCGGGAGUGACUGUGGUGGGGGUGACUGUGGCGGGCGUGACUGUGGCGGGCGUGACUGUGGCGGGCGUGACUGUGGCGGGCGUGACUGUGGCGGGAGUGACUGUGGCGGGCGUGACUGUGGCGGGCGUGACUGUGGCGGGCGUGACUGUGGCGGGCGUGACUGUGGCGGGCGUGACUGUGGCGGGCGUGACUGUGGCGGGCGUGACUGUGGCUGGAGUGACUGUGGCGGGAGUGACUGUGGCGGGCGUGACUGUGGCGGGAGUGACUGUGGCGGGAGUGACUGUGGCGGGAGUGACUGUGGCGGGAGUCGUGACUGUGGCGGGCGUGACUGUCGCGGGAGUCGUGACUGUGGCGGGCGUGACUGUGGCGGGCGUGACUGUGGCGGGCGUGACUGUGGCGGGCGUGACUGUGCGGGAGGCGUGA